AAUUCCACAGCCUCAGAAACCCUAAAUUUAACCGAUCUUUGAUAAUUUCUUUUCUAUUAUUUUGAAACCCUGAUCAUAGAAGAUCAAAAGAUUCAUUUUUUUUUUCUGAAUUAUAACUAUGGCUGGUUAUGACGAUCGAUUCGAAUUAUCUGACAAUCCAAAACCAUCGGUUUUCAAUCGGUCCCUAACCUUGCAUGUAAUGUCGAGCAAGUUUCGGAACAAACCCUACCCUCACUAUUCUCUCAAACGCAAUGGAUCGAUCAAGAAAAUUCAUUCACCGUUUGAAUCGACCAAGAAUUCGAUCAAAGGAAAGGUGAGACAGCUCUGCAGCAUAUUCGAAUCCACCAAAUCCCCAACCUUGGUUCUAGACGGUUCACAACCGCAGACUCAGUUUCCAUCUCCGAGUAAAUUGAAAUCGGGAAAAUCAUUGGGUUCCGAUUCUUGGGUUUCUCCAUUAGUACCCAACUCUUCGAUUCGGUUACAGGGUACGGAAGAUCGAAUUGUUGUGUAUUUCACUAGUUUACGAGGAAUUCGAAGGGCAUACGAAGAUUGCUAUGCCGUGAGGAUGAUAUUGAGGGGAUUUAGCGUUAUUGUUGACAAGCGUGAUAUUUCCAUGGAUUCGGCGUUUAGGAAAGAGUUGAUGAGCGUUUUCGGUGUAAAGAAUGUGACUUUGCCACAAGUGUUCAUUCGAGGGAGGUACAUUGGAGGGGCUGAUGUGAUCAUAUUUAUAAUUAUUAUACUAUUUUAUACAUAGAUCUAUAUAUUUUAACCAGUGUUUGAUAGUUUUUAUGUAUCUAUAUAUUC